AAACGCAAAAAAAAAAAAUAUUCUGUAGUUGGUUUACAGCAAUUUAAAAUAAAUAGACCAUUAAAUCGUAAAUCAAAUUGCCAUGUUUAUGUUAUGAAAGUUAUAUUGACAUAAAUAUAAAGGAUGGAACAGGAUUUAAAGGCGAAAAUCGAUCAGGCUUGUCGAACAGCCGAAGAAUUUACAAAACUUUAUUAUGAAAGUUUAGAUAAACGCAGAUAUCUUAUAUCAAGGUUAUAUUUGGAUACUGCGACUUUAAUAUGGAAUGGGAAUGGUAUUGAAGGCAAAGAUAACAUACAGAAAUUUUGGACAGAUUUGCCAUCUUCAGAUCAUUCUGUUUUUACUUUAGAUGCUCAACCAAUAACGGGUCCUGAGGUGGCAGAUCAAUUAACAUUUCUUGUAAAAGUUGGAGGGCAAGUAAAGUAUGAUGAUAAAACAUCGAAACCAUUUAACCAAAGCUUCUUAAUUGCAGCUAUGGGAGAUAAGUGGAAAAUUGUAAGCGAUUGUUUCCGAGUACAAGAAGCAAUAGAAAAUGUAAAUUGAAAUAUAAAAUAAGUUAAUUUA